CUCACAGGAGUAACCGGGUCUUUUUGCGCCUGUUUUGCUCUAUUUUUUCUCCAUUCACUUCCCCAUCCCCGCUACACUUUUGACCGGGGUCUUUUGUUUCCCGGAUCCUCCGCCUCUCCCUCUGGCCCCUCCAUGGCUCCCUUAGCCGAAGUCGGGGGCUUCCUCGGCGGCCUGGAGGGCUUGGGCCAGCAGGUGGGCUCGCACUUCCUGCUGCCUCCUGCCGGGGAGCGGCCGCCUCUGCUGGGCGAGCGCCGGGGCGCGGUGGAGCGCGGCGCCCGCGGCGGGCCCGGGGCUGCGGAGCUGGCGCACCUGCACGGCAUCCUGCGCCGCCGGCAGCUCUACUGCCGCACGGGCUUCCACCUGCAGAUCUUGCCCGACGGCAGCGUGCAGGGCACCCGGCAGGACCACAGCCUCUUCGGUGUCCUGGAAUUCAUCAGUGUGGCAGUGGGACUGGUCAGUAUUAGAGGUGUGGACAGUGGUCUUUACCUUGGAAUGAAUGACAAAGGAGAACUCUAUGGCUCAGAGAAAUUGACUUCUGAAUGCAUCUUUAGGGAGCAAUUUGAAGAGAACUGGUAUAAUACCUAUUCAUCCAACAUAUAUAAACAUGGAGACACUGGCCGUAGGUAUUUUGUGGCACUUAACAAAGAUGGAACUCCAAGAGAUGGUGCCAGGUCCAAAAGACAUCAGAAAUUUACACAUUUCCUGCCUAGACCAGUGGAUCCAGAGAGAGUUCCUGAAUUGUACAAGGACAUACUGAUGUAUAGUUGAAGCGUGAUAAUGUCUUCAUUGAAGAGCCAAACUACGACCAUUCUUUCUGGUCAGAGUUUUCAUUGUAAAAUAAUAACCCAGGAGUCUUCUCAGAAUACUAUGGAAUUUUCUACUGGGUGGCUGAAUUUGGAAAGAAUAUCGAGAACAAACAAAAACCCCAUAUUUUGACUUGAAGUAGAGCAAGACCUCUCUUUCUAAGUGGAUUAAGUUCCCUUAGGUACACUGGUUCAGUCCUUACUGGUAGA